AUGCACGAAGGUGACGGUGCACAUGCGAUUUAUGGUCAUCAAAGAUCUCUUGAAAUUGACAUUCCUUUUCAUCUGCCCACACCCGAGACUGCGCAGUGA